CCUUCCUUGAGCUGCUGAAAAAGCGGCUGCACACGGCCCCCGCGCGCCCGUUGCGCAUUCAGAGGCCUCAAACUUAACCGCUACCAGCCCAGGAGCCCGCAGGAAGGAUGUCUAUCGCCGCCGCCGGCGUCCUCAGGCGAGCGGCCCUAAACGCCUUCAGGCUGAACAGCUUCCGCGCGCCGGUGCGGACCCUUUCGGCGGGGCCCAAGAAGCCAGCCGCCGAAUUGACCUUCAAAGAGGCCUGGUUGUCUGAUCCGGCGACCUACCCCAUCGUCGUGAUCAUCAGCAGUUCGUAUCAGCGUCCUUAAUGAACAACCACGACCAAAAAAGCACGUCCCUUUACCGCGGCCCGUGCGACCGGGGCGCCGUCGUGUCGUGGGAGAGCACGAGCGUGGCCGCGCCCAAAGGCCAAAAGGGCCUCUUCGCGCGCGCGUUUUACGAGAGCCGCUGCACCGGGCCGGCCGCGCAACAAUUUCUACCACACAGCCGCGGUCAUCGGCUGCUUCAGCUACUGCACCUUCUGCCUCUUCUGCUCGCCGGACGUGCGCAUCACCAAGACGGCGCGGUCGCAGGUCAUUAGAGAUUGGACGUAGGGAGCGUCGUCCUCGUAUGAAUCCCCCCGUCUAAUAUUGUCCAUCUACCUUUCUCCGCUGACGACUGUGUGGGGCGUCGAUCCCUCCGCGCUCAGCGGCGCCCGCGCGAAGCUAAGCUGCGCAUUGGCAUUGCCCUGCGCCCAGGGCGGUGAAACGCGCGCGUACUCACCGGACAAACAGAGCCGGCCCGGCAAAUUAAUAGACGAGCAUAGAUCCGGGAGCCAAGAACUGUGCGAUUUGGCUAGCUCUGCGCAGAGUUAUAGGCGCACGUUGCAAACCGGUGCUAUUGCUAAAAGCACCAGCGCGACGCAAGAGACGCCAGCGCCGCGCCAGCGACCGCCACACGCACGCGUACGGCUCGGCAGCGGGGCCACGCAUCACUGACGGUACGCGAACAACAAAAA